AUGGUGCAACAAGACAAUUUUGCAGUUGAACAGUUCAUGGAUCAGUAUGAGCAUAGUAUUAAGUUCAAUAUGGGUGAAACUUGUUGUAACUCAUUGUCUGUAAAUGAAGUUAUUGACUUGGCAUCAGAAAAUGGGGCAAAUGGGUCUCAAUUAAAAAGAGGGAUUAUAGACUCACUUUUUUCAAAGAGGUUGACCUAUGGAAACAUUAGUGGCUCUGAAGAUCUUAAGCAUGAAAUUGCAAGAUUAUAUAAUACCAACAACGAUGGUAGUUUGCUAAUUGGGCCUAAAAAUAUUGUAAUUACUAAUGGUGCAAUCGGUGCAAAUUUCUUAACAUUUUAUACCAUUGUUGAUAGAAAUGACCAUAUAAUUGUCGUUGAUCCCUCAUAUCAACAGCUUUCGUCUGUUCCUGGUGUAUUUACUUCAAAGAGAACUGAUGUUGACCUACUUAGAUUAAACUUCGAAGAUGACUAUUUACCAAACUUGGACAAUUUGAGACUGCUAGUUAAACCAGGAAAAACGAAGUUGGUCGUUAUUAAUAACCCCAACAAUCCUACUGGUGCUGUUUGGGGAGAUGAUGUUAUGAAAGAAGUUGUGUCUAUUUGUGAAGAACAUGAUAUCUACUUGUUAUGCGACGAGGUUUAUAGACCCUUAUUCCAUUCUGUUACAAUGCCACCUUCAUCGGUGAUCAACUUUGGUUACGAAAAGUGUAUUCUGACAUCUUCUAUGUCAAAGGCAUUUUCCUUAGCUGGUUUGAGGCUAGGCUGGAUUGUGAGUCGAGACAAAUCGUUCAUUGAAGGCGCAAUGGCCAAGAGGGACUAUAAUACCAUCUCAAUUUCAGUCGUUGAUGAUGAACUCGCAACUUUUGCUCUCAAAAAUCAUGAUACUAUCCUCAAGAGAAAUUAUGAACUUUGUCGAAACAAUUUGAAGCUUCUUGAAAACUUUAUCGAUUCUUCGAAAGGUUUAAUUGAGUGGGUUAAGCCUCGGGGAGGAAGUACCGCGUUCGUGAAAGUAACGAUACCAGGCAUCAAUACCUACGAAAUGUGCUGCGAGUUGGCCGAUGAUUAUCAAUGUCUUGUAGUUCCUGGAGAAGUGUUCGGCAAAGAUAAAUCGGGUUUCUUAAGAAUUGGUUUCGGAAAUAGUCAGGAUGAUUUGAAAGGUGGUUUGAGUGUUUUGAAAAAAUACUUACAAGAUAAAGAAUUUUGGCCAUAA